AUCAUUAACGCUGCUCAUAAACAAAGCAACUUGCUUUUCUAAAGUAACGUGUAUCUGUGUUUAAUCUGAAAGUUUUAUGCCACAGUCUGAGGUGAACAAUAAAGAAGAUGAGGAUUACUAUCCUGGCUUUUUUUAUUUGGUCAUGUCAGGCUGUGUGGGUAAUUGCAGAAAACUGUCCACGUCCACCACUUGAAAACGGCUUUUUCGUCCCACAUUUGGAAAAAUACGACCAUGGCGUUAGUAUUUCCUACGGCUGUAACACGGGCCUGAAACCUGCUCUCGAAACAUGGUGGGGAGAGAUAACAUGCAGAAAUGGCCAAUGGUCACACGAACCUCAGUGUAUUGAUAAUACAUGGUGUAUUGCCCCACAUGUGCCAAACGCCCAGCCUGUACAUGAGUUACAAACAUAUUAUCCUCCUAGUGACGAUGUUAGUUUUAAAUGUGACUACGGCUAUGAGUUUGAAGGAGGAAAGUCAGAAGCACAGUGUGUAAAUGGAACUUGGAGGCUGCCAGUGUGUAAACGAAAGCCUAAAACUUGUGAUCCUCCUCCCCGUGUUUACAAUGGAAUGAUCUUACAACCUUACCAGGAUGUUUUCGAGCACGGGGAUCAGCUUGAGUAUGUUUGUGCAAAAGGAUAUAACCAACGUACAAGCAAUUAUAACACUUGUCAUAACGGCAAGUGGUCCUCUAGUCCUAGUUGUGAAUCCAGACUUCAACAGCACCAUGAUAAGCCACUGUGUCCUAAACCACAGGUGCAAAAUGCUUAUCCUGCAGCUGCAUUAAAAAACUCCUAUUAUAAUGGAGACACUGUAAGAUUUGUAUGUAACAGAGGCUAUAGGUUUGAAGGAACAGAUUCUGCAGAGUGUGUAGAUGAAACUUGGAGGCUGCCAGUGUGUAAAGAUCCAACAUCAUGUACUACCCCACAUGUGCCAAAUGCCCGACCUGCAGAAACGUUAGCAGAGGUCUAUUCUAAUGGAAGAUAUGUGAGAUUUGAAUGUGACAGCGGCUAUGAGUUUGAAAGAAGAGACCCAUAUGCACGGUGUGUAGAUGGAACUUGGAGGCUGCCAGUGUGUCAACUAAAGUGUAGUGUCCCACAUGUGCCUAACGCCCGACCUCUAGAAGGGUUAGACGCUUCCUAUAGUAGUGGAAGGUUUGUUACAUUUGAAUGUAACCCCGGCUAUGAGUUUGCAGGAUUACAUUAUGCACAGUGUGUAGAUGGAACUUGGAGGGUGCCAGUGUGUAAACCUCGAGGUGAAACAGUGUGUACUGCUCCACAUGUGCCAAACGCCAAACCUGCUAAUGAGUUAGCAUCGUUCUAUGCUACUGGACGCACUGUUAGAUUUGUAUGUGACAGCGGCUAUGAGUUUGAAGGAGCAUCUUAUGCACAGUGUGUAUAUGGAACUUGGAGGCUGCCCGUCUGUAAAGGAGAACACGCUCAUCCAGAUUCCCAUAGACAUCAUGACAGCUCUGAGGACCGUGGUGGAUCUCUAGGUCCUGAUACUGUGGUACUGUCGCCUGUCAGUAUUUGUGGAUCUCAACCCUUUAUUGAAAAUGGAGAUGUUACAAUACUACCAGGUGAAAGGGAGUUAAAAGUUCAAUGUCAGAGAUUUUAUAAGCUACAAGGACCUGAAAAAAUAAGUUGUGUUAAUGAAAAAUGGACAGAGCUUCCAGUGUGUAAACCUCCGUGUAAACUGGAUAGGACACUUAUUCAUUCUAAUGAUGAAUAUCUGCAGGAGGGUGAAGAGAAGAGAUUUUACUGUAGAGGAUCAAUUAAGACAAUAACUAUCUACUGCUCUGAAGGAAGAACACUCUAUGGUGAAUGUCGCUUCUUCGACUGGUGAUCUGUAUCAACGGCUAAAUCAGAAAAACCGACAUCUGCAGAGCUCCUGCUAUUGAUCAGAAAUCUUCCUUCUCGGAGUAAAUGUUUUUUAAGCAAAAAAAAUCUGCUAAGAAGAAAAUGCCAUUCAGCCUCACUGUGUGUUGGAGGUUUAACUCGUUUAAUUCCUGACUUAUUAUUCAGCUGUUAGUGUUUAGUAACUACAGUGGAACUAUAAAGAAGGAUUUACAUUUUUGAGAGUGAGGAAUGUAAAUCUGGACCACUUAAGAUAAAAAAAAUUUAAAAAAUAAAUAAAUAAAUCUAUCCUGUGUGAAGAUGAACUGAAGAUGGUGGAUUAUUACAUAAACAAAGAAAAACAGAUCUGAACCAUUAAAAUUUAUGAUAAA